AUGGCUGCCAUGUUGGGAGAUGCCAUCAUGGUGAUCAAAGGCCUUGUUAAGCUGACCCAGGCAGCCCUGGACACCCACCUGCAGCACUUGGGCCUCGGUGGGGAGCUUGUCAUGGCGGCCAGGGCCCUGCAGUCCACAGCUACGGAGCAGUUUAGUGUGGUCUUUGGGAGUGUGCAGGGUCAGGACAAACAGGAAGAGCCUUAUGGUGGGAGCUUCGACAACCUGGAGGCAGAUCAGUUCUCAGGGGCACAAGCAACAGGAGACUCUGCAGAUAUCCCUACCGCCUCCUCCCUUGACCAUUCAUCGCCACUGCCCCUGGACCAGACCCACAGCAAAGAGGGCCCGGCUCCUGCCUACGUAGCCAGCAGGCACUUCAGUGAAGCCGCCUCCCCUCUGGGCAGGGUGAAUGGGAAGCUCUUUGCAGAGCACCAAGACCCAUUCUCUGUCAUGGGCAUUCAGCGAAGGUUCUUCCACCAGGACCAGUCCCCCAUGGGGGGCCUCACGGCAGAGGACAUCGAAAAGGCCCGGCAGGCCAAGGCCCGCCCUGAGGGCAAGCCCCACAAACAGAUGCUCAGUGAGCGUGCUCGGGAACGGAAGGUGCCAGUUACUCGGAUUGGCCGCCUGGCCAACUUUGGAGGUCUGGCCGUGGGUUUGGGCUUCGGGGCACUGGCUGAAGUUGCCAAGAAGAGCCUUCGUUCUGAGGAUACCACAGGGAAGAAGGCCGUGUUGGACUCCAGCCCCUUCCUGUCUGAGGCCAACGCCGAGCGCAUUGUGAGCACGCUGUGUAAGGUGCGCGGGGCUGCACUCAAGUUGGGACAGAUGCUGAGCAUCCAGGAUGACGCUUUCAUUAACCCCCACCUGGCCAAGAUCUUUGAGCGUGUGAGGCAGAGUGCUGACUUCAUGCCCCUGAAACAGAUGACGAAAACUCUCAACCAUGACCUGGGUCCCAACUGGCGGGACAAGCUGGAGUACUUCGAGGAGCGGCCCUUUGCAGCUGCCUCCAUUGGGCAGGUGCACCUGGCACGCAUGAAGGGAGGCCGCGAGGUGGCCAUGAAGAUCCAGUACCCUGGUGUGGCCCAAAGCAUCAACAGUGACGUCAACAACCUCAUGGCUGUGCUGAACAUGAGCAACAUGCUUCCUGAAGGCCUGUUCCCUGAGCACCUGAUUGAUGUGCUGCGGCGAGAGCUGGCCCUUGAGUGUGACUACCAGAGAGAGGCUGCCUGUGCCAGGAAGUUCAGAGAGCUGCUGAAAGACCACCCCUUCUUCUAUGUUCCUGAGAUUGUGGACGAGCUCUGCAGCCCCCAUGUGUUGACCACUGAGCUCGUGUCUGGCUUUCCACUAGACCAAGCUGAGGGGCUGAGUCAGGAGAUUCGCAACGAGAUCUGCUAUAACAUCCUGGUUCUGUGCCUGCGGGAGCUGUUUGAGUUCCACUUUAUGCAGACAGACCCCAACUGGUCCAACUUCUUCUAUGAUCCUCAGCUGCACAAGGUGGCCCUUCUGGACUUUGGGGCAACUCGGGAAUAUGACAGGUCCUUCACUGAUCUCUAUAUCCAGAUCAUCAGGGCCGCUGCUGACAGGGACCGGGAGGCUGUGCUUAAGAAAUCCAUAGAGAUGAAGUUCCUCACUGGCUAUGAGGUCAAGGCCAUGGAAGAUGCCCACUUGGAUGCCAUCCUCAUCCUGGGAGAGGCCUUUGCCUCAGAAGAGCCAUUUGAUUUUGGCACCCAGAGCACCACUGAGAAGAUCCACAACCUGAUUCCCAUCAUGCUGAGGCACCGCCUUGUCCCCCCACCUGAGGAGACCUACUCCCUGCACAGGAAGAUGGGGGGCUCUUUCCUCAUCUGCUCCAAGCUGAAGGCCCGGUUCCCCUGUAAAGCUAUGUUUGAAGAGGCCUACAGCAACUACUGCAAGAGGCAGGCUGUACAGCAGUAG